ACUGGUUGUGCUGACGCGGCGUAAGCGCUGCAUUUGGACCACAUAACGUUACGUGUCUCUCUUUUCACCCAAGCCAAGAAUCGGAGAGGAGCGCAGAGAGAAGACAUGGCACCCAAAGCCGCCAACAAACAGCAGUCAGAGGAGGAUCUCCUCCUGCAGGACUUCAGCAGGAACCUGUCGGCCAAAUCCACGGCGCUAUUCUACGGCAAUGCGCUAAUCGUGUCCGCAAUCCCCAUCUGGCUGUUUUGGAGGAUCUGGCACAUGGAUUUGGUCCAGUCUGCAGUGCUGUAUGCAGUCAUGACUCUAGUCAGCACCUACCUAGUGGCCUUUGCUUAUAAGAACAUCAAAUUUGUCCUCAAGCACAAGGUCGCUCAGAAACGGGAAGACGCCGUGUCCAAGGAAGUGACCCGCAAGCUCUCCGAGGCUGACAACCGCAAAAUGUCCCGCAAAGAGAAGGACGAGAGGAUCCUGUGGAAGAAGAAUGAGGUCGCCGAUUACGAGGCCACCACGUUUUCCAUCUUUUACAACAACACUCUGUUCCUCUUGAUUGUCAUCGUUGCCUCUUUCUUCUUGCUGAAGAACUUCAAUCCAACAGUGAACUACAUUCUGUCCAUCAGUGCCUCUUCAGGUCUGAUCGCCCUGCUGUCCACAGGGUCCAAAUAAAAGACUGAUUGCAUUCGGAGGAGAAGAUUGAGGAACAAACAAAUGAGAGGAUUAUGGAGCUUGGUGGAAGAGAGUCGUGUGGCAAUGUGUUGAAAAAAAGUUGUGAUCUUUUGGGAGGACGUUUAUCAUUUCAUUUGUUAAAGUUUCAUGAAAUUCAUGAUCGGUUAAGGCCUUUUUUUGUCUGGUCUUCUCUUGUUUUUUUUUUUUUUGUACCAAUAAAAGACCAUUGACUCA